AAGAAGCUUCUGCAUUGGUCACCUCGUCAUUUCCAUUUCAUAGGUAGUCUUCUUCUGACGGUGUGGUUCAUCCAUGGCUUUCCCUCAGCACCACUUACAACGGCACUACCAAACCCAACAACACCAACCACAAACCAAAUCCUUCAGAAAUCUUCAAACAAUGGAUGGUCAAAUGUCUCAGCAGGUGGCGUUUUUCAACCCCACUGAUUUACAAGAUCAGUCUCAGCAUCCACCCUAUAUUCCUCCUUUUCAUGUUGUUGGAUUUGCUCCGGGUCCUGUUCCUCCUAAUGAUGGCAGUGAUGGGGCCGUUGAUUUGCAAUUGCAAUGGAAUUAUGGGUUGGAACCAGAGAGGAAGAGAGUAAAAGAACAAGAUUUUUUGGAGAACAAUUCUCAGAUAUCUUCUGUGGAUUUCUUGCAACCUCGAUCUGUGUCCACUGGAUUGGGCCUGUCACUUGAUAAUACUCGCCUGACUUCCACUGGAGACUCGGCUUUAUUGUCGCUCAUUGGCGAUGACAUUGAACGUGAGUUACAGAGGCAGGAUGUAGAGAUGGAUAGAUUUCUCAAAAUGCAGGGUGAACGAUUGCGGGAAGCCAUUUUAGAGAAGGUUCAGGCAACACAGCUUCAGAGUAUCUCAAUCCUUGAAGACAAAGUCCUUCAAAAGCUUCGAGAGAAAGAUGCCGAACUAGAAAGCAUCAACAAGAGGAAUAUGGAACUUGAAGACCGAAUGGAGCAGUUGAGUGUGGAAGCUGGUACCUGGCAACAGCGAGCCAGAUACAACGAAAAUAUGAUAUCUGCUCUCAAGUUUAAUAUUCAGCAAGCCUAUGUCCAAAGCAGAGACAGUAAAGAAGGAUGUGGUGACAGUGAGGUAGAUGAUACCGCAUCUUGCUGCAAUGACCGAUCCCUUGAUUUCCAUCUGCUUUCGAAGGAGAAUACUGAUAUGAAAGAGAUAAUGACAUGUAAGGCUUGCAGAGUCAAUGAAGUGACCAUGGUUUUGUUACCUUGUAAGCAUCUUUGCCUCUGUAAAGAUUGUGAAAGUAAGCUUAGUUUCUGUCCUUUAUGUCAAUGCUCCAAAUUUAUCGGCUUGGAGGUCUACAUGUAACUAGAAUGAGUAAACCUCUAAAUUAGUCUUCAAGAUUGUAUGAGUUGAACAUUUUAGUUCUUGAGAUUUUAAAUAUUCACUAAUUCCUGACUUUACAAAGUGUCAUUCAUCCUAGUGUUUUUUCACCGUUAUUUUGCUCUUAAAAGGAAUAAAAUGAUGAAAUAAGGUGAAUGCUGUUUUAUAAAGUCAGGAAUUAACGGAGAGCUUUUACAAUCUUAAGAGCUUAAAAUGUUAUAUCCAUAUAAUCUCAGUCAAAUUUGGAAGUUUCUCAAUUGGAAAUUAUACUUGGACACGUGAAAUUUUAACGUUAAAGUUGUGUCUUCUCUUGUAGCUUGUAUCUUCAAGGAUCAUGACACCUUGUAACUAGUUUUUAAGAUGCAUUUGACCAUAAUGAAUUUCACUUC